AAUGGGCUGAAUAUUGCUGGAUGCCACAAGUUCGUACUAACGAAACUCCUGGAGAGUGGAAACAACGAAUUUGGGCCCGUCUAACAUAUUUCAGAGAAAAUGACCUCUUACCGAAUCAGAGUAAAAAAUAUCUUGAAGCUAGGGGCCUAUACAUCGGACAAAGAAAAAAGAAUAUAGGAAAUUAUAACCAUAUAGGAAUAGAGAAGCAUUGGAAAUUUUCAUGUACCGGAAAUAAAUACUGUGGUGUAAAUUACGAAAAGUAUUCAGAAGCCGUACGGCUUAAACAAAAAUCUAAUUUUGAACGUAAUUAUGAUGAGGAAUAUGCAUUACAUCGUUAUGAGUUAUGGGAAUGCAAUGCAAUCAGAAGACUCAAACGCGCAAGGGAGGUUGGUAAAAAGAUUCAAGCGUGUAUAGAAAAAUCGUGGAAUGGAUUUACCGCCCUGAUGGAUUCAAUGCUCAUAAACUCGCCUUAUACUAUGCAUGUUUACAAAAUAUUAGAGCAGAAAUGCGUCAAGCUAAUAAUAUAG